AUCUGAUGAAGAACCCACACUUGUAAAACAAUCCGAAACCAUGGCACAAAACGCAAGGAAUUCAAUUCCAAAAUAAGGAUCGCCGGGUUUGGGUGUGUUGUGUUGUGUGGUCCGAUCUAAAUCCUUCACUAUAUUCGCACCUAAAUUUGACGAGGCAGAUUUUAAGAAUAGACUGACAGGUCAGCCACCCCCUAGGCCCCUACUGUGCGAGUGUGUGUUAGUUUUUAUUACUACUUUAUUCACCAUCACUUUAACCUCGCCAAUGGCAUCAAACUGAAGACAGAAGAAAAUUAGAAAAACUGUGAAAAACUUCCCUUUAUCAACUCUGCCAUCUUCCCACCUUCCCACAUUCCCAACUGCCCUUUUUCUUCUUCUCUUCUAUUCUAAUUCUACUAGCCCCUUUUUACUACUACUACUACUACUGCCUCUAUCCUAAAUCUUCUCCACUCCUCAAUUUCAUCAAUUACCUUACAAAAGGAAACUUGGGUCAAGUCAAUUAUCUUAUAUUCAUCAUUUUGUAUGUAUAAUAUUGCCGCCGUUGAGCUGAAAAAUGGGUUACUGCACGAGUAAUUUUGCGUUGAUGUCGGAAGAUAUUGCUGUCCGGGAAGCUGCUUGCAGUGGGCUUGAGAAUGUUGAGAAGUUCAUCAAGUUGUUCUCAGACAAGAAACAGGAAUUGGGUACUCAGUUAUCUCUGUCGGAGCAGCAGGAUGCGGCGGAUGCGGCCGUGAACAAGUUCAGAAAGGUAAUUUCACUCCUGGGAAGAACCAGAACCGGGCAUGCUCGGUUUAGGAGAGGACCGUUGGUUUCUAAUUCUUCCUCGUACUCGUCGUCCUCGACGUUGACGACGACCAACGCAACGGCUCAAAUUCCGGUCAAAGAUGGCUCGAACGAUGUCCUAGACGAUAAAAUUUACUGUCCGACUCCUAUCCAGCAAAUUCCGCCGGUUGACCACUUCCAUCACCUGAUUAACCAUCACCAUAAUAGCAUUUCUCAUCAGUCAGAUGUUCCGUUGACCGGCGUGGUUGUUGACCGGAAAGAACCAAUGUCGAGAUCCAUUAGUUUCUCCUACUCCCCGGCGAUUUCUCAUGCGAAUUCCUUCAUCUCUAGUCUGACUGGGGAAACUGAUCAGAGCAAGCAACCCACUUCGUCUUCCCCGGGAUUCCAAGUAACCAAUAUUUCGCAGGUCUCCUCUGCCGGAAAGCCUCCGUUGUCUUCUUCCUCUUCCUUUAAGAGAAAGUGUAUGUCAGAAAAUGGUGUCUCCGGCAAGUGCAGUGCUUCAUCCGGCCGAUGUCACUGUUCUAAGAAAAGGAAGUUGAGAUUGAAGAAAGUGAUCAGGGUUCCAGCAAUAAGCAUGAAGAUCUCAGACAUUCCUCCGGAUGAUUAUUCUUGGAGAAAAUACGGACAGAAGCCCAUCAAAGGUUCUCCGCAUCCCAGGUAAUAAUAUUGAAGAUUCAAUAUUCUUAUAUUAACUGAUUUCACUUAUUAGAUAGCAAUUAGUUUCCAAGUUCAUGUUUUCCAACCUUAUACUAAAAUUUGCUCCAAUUUUCUACAUGAAACAGGGGUUACUACAAGUGCAGCAGUGUGAGAGGAUGUCCAGCAAGAAAACAUGUAGAGAGGGCUUUGGAUGAUGCAACUAUGCUGAUUGUUACUUAUGAAGGAGAGCACAACCAUUCCCUCACAGUUGCAGAAACGAAUUCAGCACUCAUUUUGGAAUCCUCUUGAGUCUUACUAUUAUAGAAAUGCAGUUUGUUGGAGCAAAAACAGCAACAUUAUUAGCACUAGAAAAAAGUUUGUUCUUCUGGGUAGAAGCAGCAGCAGCAAAUGUAAAAUUAUUACCUAAUUAAGCUAGCAACUGUAUUCAUCAGUAGUUGAUUAGUCAUCACUCAAUCAGUCCGUGUCUCGAAGGAGAUAAUUGUUAAAGUUACUGAUUAAUUAGUGGGAGAAAGACUUUUAAUUAGCCAAAAUGUUUCUUGUACAAGAUCAUCAUCAUCAUCAGCGUCUUAUCUGUGUACCCUUUUUGGUUUGCUGUAGAAUUUUGAGUCAUCGUGAAUCAAAAGAAUUGACUAAAUACGGAGGGGCAGGUGGUGGGUUUGGACUAUUUUUGAUGCAUGCAUGGCCAUAUUUCAAAUUAAAGAAUUGCAAUUUGCAGUAUACUUCUUUUUUCUUUUUCCUAAUUAUUUAAGCAGCUAUCAACUUUUACUUUUUGGGUUUUAUGGGUCUAUCGUUGAACUUUGUCCUUGGAUUCCCCAGAUUUCUCUAGUCUGUGUCCAUCACGACGGCUUUUGCUUUUUCUUUCUGCAAUUUUCUUGGCCAAAAUUGUUUAUUAAAAAAAAAAAAAAAAGUGGAAAAGUGGUGGGAACUGGGAAGUGGGAAGAAGGUAGAUCCAUCCACAAGAUCAGAGGCCUAGUCAAAGAUGAUGACGACAAUUGGACCUUUGCUGGACCAUAUCCUGUUUCUAACGGUUGACCAAAGUCACUAAAGCAAAGUUUGGUCGUUGUGAAUUUUGUUGUUACCAUGUGAUUCGGGAAUUUCCCCUUUUACUCGUUC